GCACUAUUCGCACACUCUGACACCAAAAGCCGGCUAGAGCACAGGCUGCAGCGGCUGUCCCUCGCAACACGAAUACACAUUAUAUAACAUAGAAGUUAAUCUAUUUUUUUAUUUUAGUUUUUGUUAUUACUUUAUUUUUUUCCUUCAUAAAGACUUUUGUCGAGAAUCGAUUGGAGUGUAAGUCCGUCUUCUCAGUUGUUGGAGCUAUAUAUAGUAUAUAAUAUCCAAAGAAAUUAUGCGCGCCAGCUCCGUUUCCGUGUUGUCGGCCAUCGCCGUUGUCUUGCUCCUGUCGGUUGUCUGCCCAACAGCAUUCGCCAAACCCGCGGAUAAAAACAGCAGAGUAGCCAAGUACGUUACAUUAUGCAAGACAUCCGACCCCAAAAUCGACAAAUGUAUGAUAAACGCCCUAAACGAUAUUUUGAAGCACGCCAAGACAGGUAUACCCGAAUUGGGUGUCCCUGCUAUCGAGCCUUUCUUGAUUCGGGAACUUGACUUGAAGAUUUUCCAAGCCCUCGGAACUCAAUUGUUCGGUAAUCAACAAAAUUCUGACAAAUUCAGAGCACUCGCCCGCAAUAUCAUAGUCCAUCAUUCUUCAGAGUUCAAAUUACACCAUAUGAAGAUUGACAUGAAAAAGAAAGAAUUCUUCGCGAACCUUACAUUCCCGUUUUUGCAAAUAGAAGGCGAAUACGAUGUAAAUUUGAUGAUGUUCAACUUGCCCAUCAAGAGCACAGGACCCGUAAAAAUAAAUGCCACCAACAUUUUUGUUGAAUCCACGCUGAUGGGUAAGUUGGUUAACAGGAAGAACGAUAAGUAUUUGAUGUUCGACAAUGUAGACAUCAAGGUCAACUUUCAAGAUUAUUCGGUAGUGAUUGAAAAUCUGUUCAAGAAAGAUCAAAAUCUGAAUCGAGCCGUGAACGACAUGAUAAAAACUCAAAAACACGAACUAAAAAAAAUGACUCUGCCAAUGAUCGAAGAGCUAUCAGGCAAAAUGUUGCUUAAUAUGGUCAAUCAGAUGUUGGGCGGAGUUCCGUUCGAUGAGAUGUUUAUUGUCGAUCAGCUGCCAAGUUCGCGUUAAAAUAAGAUUUUAAUAAUAUUUAUCUUUUUCCUUCCUUCUUUUUGUUUUUUUUUUAUUGUCUUGCUUGUCCUGUAAUUCAAGCGAUAUAAACGCAUACACCAUUUAAUAUACGCGUAUAUACUUGUUUAUGCUUUAUUAUAAUAUUAUAAUGUAUUAUUAUAUUAUAUAAAAUAUUAAAAAAACCCGUAAGCGACUCGAAAUCAUUAUUACAUCAUAACACAAUACUAUUAUCAGACUUGCAUAAUAAGUAAAAUUAUACUCUGUAAGCGACCAUUAUACACAUAAAAGUUUCUUCAAUCUGGAAAUAACUGCUCGUAGGUGAAAUGCCGGGUUAACUUUUCGACCGUGUCCAAAACGAACUCUUCCAAAACUUUCUGGAUGAUCGGCCUGAGUUCCAUGAAGAACAUUAUAAAAUUGGAAUUGAUGGCCGAGUUCAGCACGUCUCCUGGAAAUCAUAAUAAAUAAUAAUAAUUAUCAGCAACAACGCGAGAAACGACCACCUUAAACCGUGACCUUCCGCACUAUACGUUUACCGACAACAGCGAAUAAAUCAAAUUAUGAUUUUUUUUUAAACAUAUAUUAUUAUAAUUUAAAAAAUGCGUUAUCAUCAUUACGGCCUAAUGGCAGUCACGAAUUAAACACAUUCAUAUAAUGCGCGCUGAUCAAAAUAACCUUGACUGUGAACUUGUCUUUAUGUACUUAUUGUUUGUUUCGUAAAACAAAAAUAAUUAUUUGACGUGUCACUACUUAAAUAUUACUUGAAUUUAAAAAAAUGACAUGUACAUAAAGUUUAGGUUACGGGAAUUGACAGAUUACAAUAUAUUUAGUAUAUUUAUUACACCUGUACAUAAUUCCUGGUGGUUCACCUUAUAUCGACUGAGUUUUUUUUUGUUUUUUUUUUGUUUGAUGUUUAUAGUAUACUUAAUAAUUUUUUUUGUAUGUUAACCAUAAUUGAAACUUGUCAAACACUUUACAAGAUUCGCUAUUAUUUACUUUUAUUUAUAUAUCUUUUAUUGUUUUAUAUACCAUUUUUUUUUCCAUAUUUUGAAUCAACAGUAACACUAAGUGCGUUUUUUUAUUGGUUCGUUAUGAUAAUAAUUACAUGUUGGACAUAAGCAAAGUAUGC